AUGGAACUUGAAUACCAGUGGCUGAUGGGAAAGUUAUGGUGGACCGUUGGGUUGAUAGUGAUAAGCAGUGUUAUAAUUUUGGUGGAGAAAGUGUUGUUGAAGCCAAGAAGGAUUAGAUCAGUUAUUGAAAAACAAGGUAUCAAAGGACCAAAGCCAUCUUUUCCCUAUGGCAACAUUUCUGAGAUGCAGCAAAUUCUUCCUCAACCUUCUGCAUCUGCUGAUCCGUAUCAGGAAUGGAUUCAUUCCCUGUUCCCAUAUUUCCAAACCUGGAAACAACGUUAUGGUUCAGUUUAUCUAUACUCUACCGGACUGAAACAACAUCUAUAUGUGGGGAAGCCAGAAUUGAUAAAAGAUAUAAACUUGCACACGUCUCUAGAUCUAGGCAGGCCUUCCUAUCUAAGCAAACCAUUAAUGCCUAUGCUUGGAAAUGGCAUCCUCAGAGCCAAUGGACAACUAUGGUCUUUUCAGAGAAAUCUUAUUGUUCCUGAGUUUUUCAUGUCCAAAAUUAAGAACAUGAUAGACAUUAUGGAAGAAUCUACUUUAACAAUUAUCAAAAAAUGGGAGAGAUGCAUAACCGAAAACAAAGAAAAGAUUGCAGAGAUAGUGAUUGAAGUUGAUCUGAAGAUUCUUACAGAAGACAUCAUUUCAAAAGCUUGUUUUGGAAGCGAUUAUACACAAGGAAAGCAAAUAUUUUCAAAAUUGAAAGAUAUGCAGGCUGCACUUUCAAAGCCUAGUAUACUUUUUGGAUUUCUAAACCUAAGUUUCUUUCCCACUAAGGAAAGCAAAGAGAUGUGGAGACUGAAGAAAGAGGUCGACGAGUUGGUAAUGAACAUCGUCUAUAAUCGUGAAAUGCAAAACCGAGAGAACAAUUUAAACGAGAAACGGAAUGAUCUAUUACAAAAAAUACUAGAAGGUGCUGCAAGUGAUGCAAAUUCAAAUGACGUCGGGAAGAACAAGAAUCCGAUAAUUAUAGAUCUCUGCAAAAAUAUAUACUUUGCUGGCUCCGAGUCUACUGCUCUCGCUAUUACUUGGACACUGUUGCUCCUUGCAUUACAUCCCGAAUGGCAACAACGCGUUCGAUCUGAAAUUUUGGAUACUUUCGAUAACAGUUCGCCUCGUUUUUUCGACAACUCUAGCAAACUUCAAAAAUUGAAAGUGCUAACAACUGUGAUCCAAGAGAGUUUACGUCUCUACGGACCUGGAGUAUUUGCGACUAGGGAAGUUUUAGCUGAUAUGAAGUUGGGAGAAUUCGUGCUUCCUAAAGGCAUAUUCACGUGGUUGUUCAUUCCGUCGCUGCAUCGCGACAUUGAUAAUUGGGGUCCAGAUGCCACAGAGUUCAAGCCAGAAAGAUUUGAUAAUGGUGUUUCUGCAGCUUGUAAGUAUCCUCAAGCAUAUAUACCAUUUGGACUCGGGAGUCGAAGUUGUCUCGGGCAAAACUUUGCGAUUACGCAAAUGAAGAUAAUACUUAGUCUUCUUGUUUAUAACUUCUCCUUUGAGGUUUCACCAAAUUAUAGGCAUUUUCCUGUCUAUAAUAUGUUGUUGAUGCCAAAGUAUGGUCUGAAGCUUCUUGUUAGCAAGGUUGAUAGCUCAGGAAAAUGA